AUUGUGAUCCGACGUCUCCCUCCAAGUCUAACUAAAGAAGAUUUAGUGGAGCAACUGCAGCCUCUUCCAGAGCUGGAUUACCUGGAGUUUUUCUCGAGUGAUACUAGUCUUUUCCCUCAUCUGUUUGCAAGAGCGUAUCUGAAUUUCAAAAAUCAAGAUGACGUAGUUCUCUUCAGUGACCGGUUUGAUGGCUAUGUCUUCAUUGAUAAUCGAGGUCAAGAAUAUCCAGCAAUUGUUGAGUUUGCACCAUUCCAGAAAACUGCUAAGAAAAGGAGCAAGAAGAAGGAUGCCAAAAGUGGAACAAUUGAAGAUGGUGAUAUAGAUCGGCCUGCAAUUCAGCUGUACCAGCCUGGGGCGAGGAGCCGUAACCGGGGCGGAGGAGGAACAGGAGGAGAUGGACAGGCGGCGGAGAAGAGGGCUGAGCGGGAGUCCAAGAGCACUCAAGAGAAAGCUGCUGAGUGA